GGUUUGACGUAUGGCUGUUUUGACUUGUUACCGAGCGUAUCAGCAAACCUGUCCCAGCCCGCAUUGCGUCACUACGUCACACUGUCGCGGGUGGAGGGACGGCUAUUGAGACACAGGAUGGCAGCUGCCAGAAAGCUUGAGAGUCUGAAUGAGAACUUCUUGACCUGUUCCAUAUGUACGGAGGGAUACCAAGACCCCUGUACUCUGACCUGUGGACACACCUUCUGUAAGGGCUGCCUGGGGAAAUUCCUGAAGACCAGACAAGAGGCCAUCAGAGCCAAGUCCAUCCCGUGUCCCUACUGUCGUCAGAUGACCCAAGCUCCCCAGCCUGACAGACCAGUGGAGGAGUGGGUGAAACAGAUCAAGCCCAGUUUCCUCAUACAGGGACUUCUGGACACUCUAGCCUGUGGGGGAAAUACUGAUCAUGGUUUAUCCAUGACUUGUUCAGAUACAGAAAACCGCUGCCAUCCCUGCCAGGACCUUGGAGAAAGUCAUCCGGCCAACUCCUACUGUCAAGACUGUGAUGUGCCGCUCUGUGAGAGAUGUGUGAAGAUGCAUGCAUCUCUUCCUGGUACGUCAAACCACGUAAUUGCUGACCUUGGUAGAGCAGUGAAGGUCACUAGACGACAGAUGUGCACGGAACACAACAAAGUCAUGGAUUUCUGCUGCAGAGAAUGUAAUAAAGCAAUAUGCCACAAGUGCUGUGUCACAUACCACAGGAAAUGCGACUCUGUGGUCACUAUUCAAUCUAUAAUGUCUGAGAUGAGAAGUGUUCUUACACGCAAUAAGGGAUUGAUUACAAAGAGCUUUGACGACACGGACAGAUCACUUCAACAACACAGAUCACAGAUUGAUGCGAUCAGCCACAACAAAGACAAAAUAAAGUCACAGAUACGACAGGCCUCACAGAAAGCCAUGGACGUGAUUAAACAGAAGGAGAAAGAGCUGCUGGAGGAGCUGAAUGAAAUGACAGAGAAGCAGUCUGGACAACUGAGGGGGCGGAUAAAGUCAGGGGAAAUAGACAUGCAGAUGUAUCAACAACACAUAGAGUACAUCACCCAGGUGUUGAAGUCUGGGAGUGAGACUGACAUGUUUGACGUUUACCAGAUGUGUCAGUCUGGGGCAAUCAAGAAGGCAACAGACAGGGAUGUCACUUUAACAGACAGUGUCCCUGAUUCAAAACUUAUAUUUGUAAGUGAAUUAGAUGAGAGGAAAUUAUACAAGGAUGUACAACUUGGUAGAAUUCAACAGAACGUUUGUGACGUCAUGGAUAAGCGACUUGGUAAAACACAGAGUGGCACAUUUGACGUCAUGUGCCAGCCAAUGUUAAACAAGACAGUCGGCAUCAAGGUCUAUGGCGACAGGAAGCAGCCGUGUCCAUCUGACGUCAUAGUCCUGGUUGUUGACGGUGAAGAGACACUGGUGGUCACUGACUACAACAAUACAUGUCUGAAAUCCUUCUACACAAAGAAUAACAAAUCACGACACAGUAAACUGGAUCUUCCAAGUGAACCAUGCUCUGUGACGAGGCUGAGGGACAACCAGGUGGCUGUAUCAUGCCGGUCACACAAUGAGAUUGUAAUAGUACGGGUGACCCCUGACCUUGUACUACAGUCACGUGUCACAACAAAGAAGACGUACAUGGGUCUGACAGCCUUGAGUCCUUCAACAUUAGCAGCGGGUUGUUUGGAUCCUCCCUGUGUUGAUAUCCUGGAUAUAUCGGGGAGAGUGAUGAGGUCAGUCAGUAGAUUCAACUCUGGGGAGAACCUGAUAUGUAAGCCCUGCUUCCUCUGUGCUACAGACAGGGGCAACAUCCUGGUGUCAGAUAUUGACGCAGACUCCGUCUACUGUAUCACACCAGAGGGAGAUGUUGUGUUCACCUACACCCCUACAGGAGAGAGGAGACUGAGAAGACCACAAGGUAUCACAACUACCAGCACAGGACACAUCCUGGUGGCGGACUCCUGGGCACACAAGGUGGUACUACUGACACCAGCAGGGGAGUUUGUCACAGACCUGCUGACGUCACAGGAUGGACUACAGAAUCCAUGUGGCUUGAUGUUCUGUGAUUGUAAACUGUAUGGGGUGGAAGACAAUGGAGAUACUGUGAAGGUAUUCAACUGCAGUAUUCCCCAGUGAGACGCCAGGAAGCAAAACAUACUCCGAUCACAUCGUGCACUGAUUUAUGUUCUGUGACUGUAAACUGUAUGUAGUGGAAGACAAUGGAGAUGCUGUGAAGGUAUUCAACUGUAGUAUUCCCCAGUGAGACGCCAGGAAGCAAAACAUACUCCGAUCACAUCGUGCACUGAUUUAUGUUCUGUGACUGUAAACUGUAUGUAGUGGAAGACAAUGGAGAUGCUGUGAAGGUAUUCAACUGCAGUAUUCCCCAGUGAGACCCCAGGAAGCAAAACAUACUCCGAUCACAUCGUGCACUGAUUUAUGUUCUGUGACUGUAAACUGUAUGUAGUGGAAGACAAUGGAGAUGCUGUGAAGGUAUUCAACUGCAGUAUUCCCCAGUGAGACGCUAGGAAGCAAAACAUACUCCGAUCACAUCGUGCACUGAUUUAUGUUCUGUGACUGUAAACUGUAUGUAGUGGAAGACAAUGGAGAUGCUGUGAAGGAAUUCAACUGCAGUAUUCCCCAGUGAGACCCCAGGAAGCAAAACAUACUCGGAUCACGUCGCGGAGAAUUUUUUAUGAUGAAUAUUCAGAAAUAUGCCCCAAAUGAACAGUUUGUUUUGUGAAAAAUACCCCAGACGCCAACCACAUUUGAACAUAGAUUACAGUGAAUGAGUGAAUAUGAUAAUAUGCCGCUUUUAGCCGUAUUCGAGCAAUACCCUCACCACAACGGGGGCACAUUGAUCAACCGAACCUGGGACAUCGGCAGGACGAGCGCAUACACAUGACAAGCACAUAUUGAAUUAUUGGAUUAGUUGUAGUGGCUAUUUUCGGUUAAAUGUUGGGACAAGACAAGAAUAAUGCAAGUAGUAGACGUUUACAACUUUGGAGAAACAAACGAGCACGGAAACGGUGCUGACAAACCGAGAAAAUUAAUCAGGGCCAGUCUGGGAUUCAAACCCACACCUGUAGGUGCCUAUCACGUCUAAGGGACGCAAUUACGCAAUCAAAUCUCGGCGCCACAGGGAACCCCAUAUGUUCUGUGAGGCAACGGAAUUUAACCCUGAAUAUUGUACUUACUCAAAGAGCUACACGUUCACUUUCAUUAUCCAGCAAGACCGUUUACUAGCGUUACUAUCAGUAACUCUCGCUGAUAAUACUUUAACUGGUGCGUGAGACAUCCACCUAAGUACUCUAUAAACAUUUUGUAUGUAUUUAAUGACUUUAGAACAUGUAUGUAUUUAAUCAUGUUUCAAGAAAUAUCUCCUAAGCUUUACCAGACUGGAUUUUGUACAGUUUUAUUGUUUAAAUAACAUGUUAUAUUUAUAUUAUGUACAACAUGUGACACUAUCAUAUAAUAUAUCUUAUCUUAUCUGUUCUUACAUUUACUAAUGCCUACACACUUCAGCAAUUUGUAGACUGAUAGGAUAACCACUAUCAUUAAUAUGAAAGUCAUAUUUCAUGUAUAUUGAAUAAACUUUUCAGUAACAUAUGCAUUUUAAUAUCC